CCCGAUGGUUCCUCUCUAUUUUCCCGCGAAAAAAACAUCACCUCUCUCUCUCUCUGUUUUUUCUCUCUCCAGAAUACUCAACCAGUCUGACCAAAACCACCAUGAACAACCGCCUCAACAUCAACAAUAACUGCUAACAAACACAACUCCGCCACCAUCGCCACCGUCAUAAAUGUCCAACAAACCAUCGUUAUCAUCAUCACCAAAUAAAUCAGAUGAUCAAACCACGACAACAUCAUCAACAACAACAGAUCAAAAUGAUUCCGAGAAAAAAGACAUUACAAAAUCUAAACUAAGGAAAAUUCCACCGAUUCCAAUCCGACGACCAAACAAAGAUGAAACCCUAAAUUCAAUUUUGGAAGAUGGAAGAGGAGGUGAAUAUGAAUCUAGUUUUUGUGGUGAUUCGUCACCUAUUGUUGCAUCAGCACUGGGACUUAAUCAUAUUAGAACAAGAUCUGAUGCUUCGCCUUUGCCUUCGAGAUUCUCAACAACACCUUCUUCAGCACCACCAGUAAUACCUUCUUCUUCUGAUCAUAACAAUGUUAGAGAUGCUGUUGAUGUUAAUAAACCUAAAUGGACCCUUCCUCGCGACCCAGUGAAGAAGAGUCUAUUGAACACUCAAUCGAAAUCGUUAAGACUUCCAUUUAUUCUUAAUCCAGCAUUGCAGGCUUUGGACACAGCUAAGGAAAUUCAAUCACCUCGUUUCCAAGCUAUAUUGCGUGUUACAAGUGGUCGUAGGAAAAGAAAUCCUGCUGAUGUUAAGAGUUUCUCUCAUGAACUUAAUUCUAAAGGUGUUCGGCCUUUUCCGUUCUGGAAGUCUCGUGCUUUAGCUCAUCCGGAGGAGAUUAUGGCAAUUAUCAGGACAAAAUUUGAUCGGUUGAAGGAAGAAGUUAAUUCUGAUUUAGGUAUAUUGGCUGGUGAUUUGGUUAGCAUUCUUGAAAAGAAUGCAGAUGCACAUCCAGAGUGGAGAGAGACUUUGGAAGAUUUGUUAGUUGUUGCCCGGAAAUGUGCCAUGAUGUCACCAAGUGAGUUCUGGACGAAGUGUGAAACCAUAGUUCAGAAUCUAGAUGAUAAACGUCAAGAACUCCCAAUGGGGAUCUUGAAACAAGCACAUACCAGGAUUCUUUUUAUCCUCACCCGGUGUACUCGUCUAUUACAGUUCCAGAAUGAGAACAUGUUUGAGGAUGAACAUAUACUUGGUCUACAUCAGCUUAGUGAUCUUGGGGUUUAUCCUGCACAAAUGUACGAGGGUGGGUUUCAGGUACCUACGAAAAGCUCAUUAGUUGGGAAAGAAGCUAAUGAGAAACACCCAAAGAAUCCCCAAGAUCAUGAUGAUCAAAAGUGGGGUAGCUCUGAACCAGUGGAGCCUGGUACUGCAAAAAGUGUCGAUUCAUGCAGAGAUCGCAUGUCCUCCUGGAAGAAACUUCCAUGUGCUGCCGAAAAGAACCAAAGGAAAGAUGACGAGAUUUCUACCCCAUGUAAGGAUAAAACGGACUCGGAUAAAACUGCACUGGGUAUCAGCGACAGUAGCGAAAAUGUCAAUACCCCAGAAUGCCUUCCUGAUGCUUCAGAUGUUCCUCCAAAUGUGAAGAGAGUAACCUGGGGUUUAUGGGGAGAUCAGCAUAGUGUGGCCUAUGAGAAUUCUAUGAUCUGCCGAAUCUGUGAGGUCGAAAUACCAACAGUUCAUGUGGAAUUUCACUCUAGGAUCUGUACAAUUGCUGAUAGAUGUGAUUUGAAAGGCUUAACUGUGAAUGAGCGGUUGGAAAGGGUUGCUGAAACUCUUGAGAAGAUACUGGAAACAUGCACACCCAAAGGCUCAGAUACUGCAGAAGGAAGUCCUGAAGUUGCUAGAGUAUCUACAUCUAGUGUGAGUGAAGAGAUUGAUGGCCUAUCUCCUAGGGAAAAUUGUUCAUCUCAUGCUUGUUCCAAAAACUUGGCGGAAUAUGGUCCAGAAGAUCAAAAUGCUUUGGUCAUGGAUGAGCUGAAAGUUUCAACUGGAAUGUCUUGCAAGACCCUUUCAGCUGUGAUUCCUGAUCCCGGUAUAGCAGCAUCAUCAGCAGGAAGCAUGACCCCCCGUUCUCCACUUAUGACACCACGGACUAGUCAGCUUGACUUGCUAUUGGGUGGAAGAAGGUUGAUUUCAGAGUGCGAAAACUUUCAGCAGAUAAACAAGCUAUUGGACAUCGCUCGUUCUGUUGCCAGUGUGAACAACACCGAUUACAGCACGUUGGCAUAUUUGGUUGACCGUCUAGAAGACUUAAAAUAUGCUAUCCAGGAUAGGAAGGUGGACUCUCUUGUUGUUGAGACGUUUGGAAGACGGAUAGAGAAACUAUUGCAGGAAAAGUAUGUACAUCUUUGUUCGCAGAUAGAUGAUGAAAAAGUAGAUUCAUCUAGUUUCACAGUUGAUGAAGAUAGCUCAGAUAGUGUCCGAGGAACCCCUAUGAAUACAAAUGGUAAGGACCGAACAUCCAUAGAAGAUUUCGAAAUAAUAAAACCAAUCAGUCGAGGUGCAUUUGGACGAGUUUUCCUUGCAAGGAAAAGAGCAACUGGUGACCUAUUCGCUAUUAAGGUUCUGAAAAAGGCUGAUAUGAUUCGUAAAAAUGCAGUUGAGAGCAUUUUGGCUGAGCGUAACAUCCUAAUAUCAGUUCGCAAUCCUUUUGUGGUGCGAUUUUUCUACUCCUUCACAUGCAGGGAAAAUCUGUACUUAGUGAUGGAGUACUUAAAUGGAGGAGACCUGUACUCCUUGUUGAGAAAUUUGGGUUGCCUGGAGGAAGAAAUGGCACGUAUAUACAUAGCGGAACUUGUUCUUGCACUGGAGUACUUGCAUUCCAUGAAUGUGAUUCAUAGAGACAUAAAGCCAGACAACUUGCUGAUUGCACGUGAUGGUCAUAUCAAGUUGACAGAUUUUGGGCUGUCAAAGGUAGGCCUUAUCAAUAGCACGGAUGAUCUAUCAGGUCCAGCUAACACUUCUCUUGGAGACAAUGAACCUAAACACUCAGAACAGCAAACCGCGAAGCGAGAGCAACGCCAAAAGCAGUCAGCGGUUGGUACUCCUGAUUAUUUGGCACCUGAGAUACUCCUUGGAAUGGGACAUGGCACUACAGCGGAUUGGUGGUCUGUAGGUGUUAUUCUUUUUGAGCUGCUCGUAGGUGUUCCACCAUUUAAUGCAGAAACCCCACAGCAAAUAUUUGAUAACAUAAUGAACAGAGAUAUACCGUGGCCUUACGUACCCGAGGAAAUGAGCCAUGAAGCAUUUGACUUGAUUGACCAGCUUCUGAUUGAAAACCCAGUCCAGAGACUUGGAGCAACGGGAGCUAGAGAGGUUAAGAGGCAUCCUUUCUUCAAGGACAUCAACUGGGAUACAUUAGCGCGACAGAAGGCUGCCUUUAUUCCAGCAGCAGAUAGUGCAUAUGACACAAGUUAUUUCACAAGCCGCUACAUAUGGAGUAAUGCUGACGAACACUUGAGUGUUGCAGCUAGUGAUUUCGAUGACAUGACCGAAACAUGCAGUGCAUCCUGCAGCAGCAGCUCAUACAGCAACCAACAGGAUGAAGAUCAGGGCGAUGAAUGUGGUAAUCUGGCAGAUUUUGGAGGACCCAAUCUUCAAGUGAAGUACUCCUUCAGUAAUUUUUCUUUCAAGAACUUGUCUCAGCUGGCUUCUAUCAACUACGAUUUGGUAGUAAAAAAUAAUCAGGAUUCCCCGAAGGCUCCAAACACAACUCACUGAAUCAAAAAUAUCCACUCUCAGUGUUAAGAUGACACUGGUACAGCUCAGUGAAUCAAACAUAUCCACUCUCAGUGUUAAGAUGACACUGGUACAGUUCAGAUUGCGAUAGUGAAACGAAUGCUCGAGCUGGAAGAUCGAGGUGGCACUUUGCUAGUAGUAGGGUUCCUGUAGGCAAGGAGGGACCCUUUUCUGAUAGCAGGGUUCUUGUAGGCUAUUGUAGAAAGCUCUCACUCUAAAUGUAAACAACCAAGUGAAGUGUUAGAAAGCUGGAAAAAGUUCAGAUGCAACUGUUGCUUCCCCUAAUUCUCUUAUACUUGUAUUGAAGCAACACUCAUCUGCAUUUUUCAAACAGCAAUUACUUACAUGUAUAUAUUAUCCUCACUGGUCAAAAAAGAAAUAUAGCCUAGUUGCAAGUUCAAACACAGUUAACUCCAUCUCGCAAAAGAU